CACACUUAAGUUUGGAGACCAAUUCUCACAAUAACUAACUACUGGCUACAACUUUUGCACCAAUAAACUCCUAAUUUGCUGCUUAUUAAUAGUUAGUAAGGUAGUUGUUAAGUUUAGGUAUGGGGUAGGAUUUAUUAGGGGACCUAAAAUAUGUUCACGCAUUAAUAUGUGCUUUAUAAGUACUAAUAAACAGCCAUAAGUAACUACUUCAUAGGGAGAAACCAAACUGUUAACAAAAACUCCUUGGAACAAGUGAAGGGUAAGUAAAUGAUGACAGAAUUUUCAUUUUGGGGUGAACUAUCCUAUUAAGGUCAUUCAUUACUAUGAAUCUUUUAGGGGUUAAAUAAGGUGCAAAAGUGAAGAUAACUAAAGAUAAUUAAUCACAUUUUUCCUAUCUAUUUCUAAUCCUUAAAUCUUUUUAUUUCAAGUAAUUAAUUAAAGUGCAUGACAUUUAAGGAUUGUAUGUGCAGUCAGAGAUGUGCAUAAGUUUUGCAAAGGAUAAUCUGUUUUGUAAAGUAUUUAUUAAAUUAUAGAUCAUUAACACAAAAAAUUAAUAAUCAAGUAAAUGUCUUAUUUUUUAAUUUUAUAGCGUUCAACGGACAAAAGGGUCAUAAUGCAGAGAAGUUAAAACUAUAACAAUAUGCUUUUGAGUUGGAACUGUAAUGAGCAUUUUAGAUACGAAACUUGAUCAUGGAAAGCCUAUCAGAAAGACCAUUUGGAUCAUUGUUGAAUUUUUAAACAUAAAUAUUUAAUCAAAAAUUGCAUUUAAAUAUGUACAUAACCUAUAUCUAGGUUAGCCUACUGUUUAUGUGCAUUGUCCUGCUCCUUGUGUACAGUUUAAAUUUCAGUUAAAAUCAGACGCACCUGAACCAGCACAUCACGACCUUUACUUGAACGGCCAGGUGCGUCGGAGCGGGAAACUAUAAUGUGCAGAUCCCCAUAGUUGAGUUUUCUUGCGGUACUACGUUACAAUUCCACGUGAAGCAAAGCCUUGUGGAUCACUGUAUAUAUGUCUGCGUUAUGCAUGCAGCCUAAUGAGAGUUCAUAGCUCUCAACUUUAGGUGAUGCUAUGAGUCCGAAUAUAGGAAAUGAACGUGCCACUUAGGCUGCUAUAUAAAAUAACAUCCAUAUAUAUAAAACUUUAUACUUCGGAACAAUAAAUCAUUUUCAAUAAACGUUACAAUGAAUGUAAAUUAUGCAUUUUGGACGAAGAGUUCUGCAUCAGAAAAAAAUGCUGUACAGAUUUUAUUAAAAAAAAAAUGUACUUUUGUAUCCAGCGCUAACAGUCCGUUAAUAAUUUGUUCAGGUGCACCUAUGUGUACUGCAUUACAGACAAUGUAGUAUGGCUGCAAUGCAAAUAGAUUUAAACCUUUGAGGGAAGAAGAUGAGGACGAAGAGGAGGGAAACCAAAAGGACCAGACUGCAGAGCAAAGGCACCCAUGUAACAUAUUCUCAUUCAAAUAUCUUUAGUUUUUCUUAUGCAUGUCAGAAGAAGAAGAAAACAUUUUUAAUGAAUUAAAUUACUUUUGCCUUUCAUUGUACAGCCAAGUAGAACAAGAAAAGAAAUUCGCUGAACAUUUUAAUAUUUCGAAUAAUAUUUCGAAUAAACUUCAUAACGCAUAAAUCCAAAUUUAGAAGGGCUUUUAUAAUUAAAUUUACUGUAAACUAAAAAUAAAGUAUUUCAAAACAAUACCAAAAGCACAAAAAACAAUUUUAAAAACUUAGGUCUUUUUUUUUGUGUGACAUGAACAAAGUACAAAUUAAUACAGGAACAAAUAGAAUUUGAAACAAUGCUGCUGAAAUGUAGAUUACUGCAGUUUUAUGCUAAGGACCCAAAUAGACAUGCCCACAAACUGCGCAUUUCUUGGUCAUUGUGUACUGAUCAGUAACGGGGACUUCUUCUCAACAGUUAUCAAUACAGAUAGUAUAAGAGUUUAAUCACCCAAAAAGAGUAUUCCAAAGUUUUUUAAGUAUUACAGACACACAAGUUUGUCUGUUCAUGGAAGCGCAAUUUCUAUCACCUCUAUGCGAUAUCUGCGCCAGUCUCCAGGUACAGACUACAGCCCUGGUGGAGCCUUUCCCUUAACUGCCAAGUGAUCAAAGCACUGGUGUAUAACAAUACAGCCGUCAGCCAGUUUGACAUCAGGCUAAUCUGAAUCACCACGGAUGGAAGCAUAUGUUUGAGAUACUGUCUGAACACGGGAAAUGCCACAGUCUGCGUCACUGGGAAGGAGAGAGCAACUCUUUUUGGUUGCUAAAUAAAUGUAAAGCCUUGAGUAUUAUUGAGACUUAUUCUACUCAUAAUCCAAAACUACUUCUAAAAUAGGAACAGGAACAUGUACUUAAGACAACAUAUGUUUAUAAAUACUACUUCAAGAAAUAUGAAACCUAAAAAAUAUGAGUGGCAUAUAACUCCCAUUUAAGAUUAGAGUCAAAUUAAACCGCAGUGGUAAAUACCGAAGCCCUUAAUGAUCAACAUCGCCUGUAGUCACAUGACAUUUUUAUCUUGGUUGUACCUGCACUGAAGCACGUAUCAUUAACGUUUCCGAUUAGCAAAUGUUAGUAGGAGUCAUGAUAAUAUAUUAAUAAAGUACACUGAAAAUAUUCAGCAGGCUCGCUUAAUUUCACUCACACUUCGUUUUGUUGAGAUAAACUUUUGGACAUACUGGCGAAAGUUUCAACCUUAAUUCACAUCUGGGCCUGACAGCUUCUAUAACGAUGCACAUAAAGAGACUGUUAACCCAAAAAUGUAAAUUCUGUUUAUUAAAUUGAUUGCCAUGUCGUUUCUAAAACCAGUAUGAAUUUCUUUCCGCUGCACAACAUAGGUCCAAAACAACAUUGGACUCUACUGGCAUUUAACAACACCUCAUAAAAGAAGAAAAUAUGGAAUUACAUGAGGAUGAGUAGCCUAGAUGAUGACAGAAUUUCAUUUUCGGAUAAGCCAUGCCUCUGAGCUUUUAAUAACUUGUUCACUUCAUAAAAUAUCAUCCGGCGUUUAUUAUAUUAACCAAUGGCAAUGUUGAAUUUUCAGACAAUUUUGCAAUUCAUUUUCUUUUUUUUAAAUAAAUCUUUAGCUUACAUAUAUUUAAACGGUUCCUGAAACGCUUUCAUCUCUAUUAUAAACUGUAGACCUCUGCAAUUUGGGCACAUUAGGAUUCUAAUGAUUGACUUCCAAAAAUACAAACAUCAAACGCCAAGAAACAAUCAGCGUUGGCCUAUCUCGACGGGGAAGCCACUGUGACAGUAUGCAAAGGGAGGUCGAUCUUAAUUCUCCAUAACAAAACAGUACAAAGGCCGGUCGGAGACCAAAGACAAUUUAACACCUCCCUCUGUCCGCGCGCCCCGGCGGCGCCUCAGCGGAUAGAGCGCGUCUCUCAUUAGUAACAAGAUGGGACGACCUGAAAGAUGCAGAGGUGAGGGAGGAGGGGGGGUGGACAGCGACUACAAAAACAACUCAUCUUUCCCUUUAUAAACGAACUUGGCUCGGAAGACAAGCAGUGACGAGGGAGAAUUGCUUUUUUGGGGAGGGCCUGGUCUGGGACUGUUUUUAGGACUAUGAGAAGCUUGUGAAAAUCCAUUCGGGGAAUAUUUGGAUUGCGGACGUGGAUAUCAACGAUAAAAUGCUAGCAGAGGGCAGGGAGUCGCCAGUGUCUACUGUUGCUCAUGCUGACAGUGAUCAAGGAGAAGAAGAGUGCCCUCGUAUUUCACUGCUGAAUGGGAUAGACCAGAGUCGGCGGCACCGGACUGCUUUCACGAGGGAGCAGCUGACCCGUCUUGAGCAAGAAUACUGCAAAGAAAGUUACGUGUCUCGACCCAGACGGUGCGAACUGGCGGCAGCGCUUAACUUGCCCGAGACCACAAUAAAGGUUUGGUUCCAAAACAGGAGGAUGAAGGACAAGAGGCAGCGUCACAGUCUGAACUGGCCUAACCCACUGGAUCCAAACUUGUGUGCCUUCAUGGUGAGUCAGGCAGCUGCUGGACUCCCCUACCCACUGCUACCCCGCUUGCCCCUUCAUCUGUACUCUCAUCUGGGCAUGGGUAGCCUCUCAGGCUAUUCAAAUCCCUACAGUGCCACCACAAGGCCAGUGGACACUUUGCACCUCCCUCCCUCGACCUACCCCUGGCUCAGUGGACUUCCACAGCCGGCUGUCUAUUCCCCUGUCCAGACAUUGCACCAUCCCGCAGGAUGCCACUGUCCCCAUUGCCUGCACUGGAGACCAGACUACCUGAUGAAACAUAGAGGGGGAACUAGAACAGCUACGCAGCCCAAAACCUUUGGCAGUGCUACAGGAUAGAAGAAAAGUGGUGUCUUUGCCAUGUUGAAAACAGUUUACCCAAAGAUACACACCCUCAUGUUGUUCUAAGCCUGUAUGACUUUUUUUUUUUCUGUGGAGCACAAAAGAAUAUAUUUUGAAUUUUGUUUUUCAUCCAUACUAUGAACGUUUAAGGUUGUUGUAUUUAUGCAUCUGUACAGUUAUUCCGAAUCUAGCUAUUUUGUUGUUUUUCUUUCUGUAAUAUAGACAGUUUUGCUUAAAAUUCUUAUAAUACUUCAUCUUUUGAAACAUGUUUCAUCGACUGACACUUUUUUGCACCUGAACACUGCGGUAGAUGAA